AUGCAGGAUAGAGUGAAGCUCUGGGAAGACCUGAGAUGUCUGAUUGUUAAUGCUCAGGGGCCAGUUCUAUGUAUGGGAGAUUAUAAUGCAAUACUAAAGGUGGAGGAUAGGCCCCAAGGCAGUCCAGUGGAGGAUAUAGAAGUUAAAAGUUUCAAUGAAUUUAUACUAGAUGCUGGGAUGAAUGAAUUGACAAUAGUUGGUAGCUCUUAUACUUGGACUAAUGGGCACACUUGUAGCAGGAUUGAUAGGGCUAUAGUAAAUGUUGAAUGGAUGUUUCAUGUGCUAGUCAUGGAGGUGAAAAUCGAGUUGAAAGAAUUGAAUAAUUCUGAAUUCAAAGGUGUGAAGGACAAGAUCAAGCACAUCAGAGAACAACUUCAUACAGUCCAAACAGAUAUGAUAGAUCAUAAUGUGGUACCUGUUAAUAAGGAACAAGAAAAGGAACUGAGGAAGCAGCUGGAGAAAUGGAACUUGGUGGAGAAAAGUGCCAUAAGACAGAAAUCCAGAUACCACUAUAAUGAGAAGGGGAGGAAUGCUAAACAAAGAAGUGUAGAUACCACUAUAAUGAGAAGGGGAGGAAUGCUAAACAAAGAUCAACAGAUUCAGAUAGAAGCCCCAAUAACAAGGAUAGACAUGGAAACAGCUUUGCAAAGUAUCAGUGAUCUAAAAGCUCCAGGAAUAGAUUAA